AUGUCUCGCUCUCCUUCCCCUGAUUCUGAAUUUAGUUUAGACUACGUAAAUGACUACGAUGAUAUUGAUUUUGACACAGAUGGUCUUGAAAGAUCAUCUCAAAUUUGCUAUCAGAAAUUUAUGUGCAAGGUAGACUUUAAUCCGAAGCUUCCUGAUAAACUCCGUGACAGGAGUGACAGGGCUACAACCGACCAUGUACUUGAUAAACGCUCAUGCGCAAUCCUGUUCAAAAUGAUGAGUCAAGAAUGCUUCUCUGAAAUAAGUGGCUGUUUAAGCACUGGAAAGGAAGCUAACGUGUAUCAUGCGUCAAAUAAAAAUGGUAUUGAUUUCGCAAUUAAAGUUUAUAUGACAUCUAUACUCCCAUUCAAAUCACGUGAUAAAUAUGUAUCUGGAGACUUUAGGAUGAGGCAUGGCUAUUCUAAGAGUAGUUCUUGGCGGUUGGUUUCUAAAUGGGCUGAGAAGGAAUACAGAAAUUUGAUAAGAAUUUCUCAGGCGGGAUCCAUCCCGGCGCCUAUUCCGAUCAAACUCAAAGGGGUCGUUCUUCAAAUGUCCUUCAUCGGCAAAAAUGGUUUACCUGCUCCAAAGCUCAAAGAUGCGAAUAAUAUUGAAUUUGAAGAUGAGCUCCCUCCAAAUUGGAACCAUUUAUACCAGCAGGUGGUUCGAGAUGUCAGGACAUUAUAUCAAAAAUGUAGGCUCGUUCAUUGUGAUCUUAGUGAAUAUAAUAUACUAUACAUGGAUAACAAGGCAUGGAUUAUCGAUGUUUCUCAGGCGGUAGAACAUGAAUCGUCACAGGCUUUGGAAUUUUUGAGAAAUGAUUGCUUUAAUGUAAAUGCUUUCUUCCGACGCCAAGGCGUGCCAACGUUGACACUCCGAGAAUUUUUCGAGUGGGUAGUAGAUCCAAGCCUCCCACCUCCCGAUACUCCCGAGUCUGCAUUAGCACUGAUUAAUAUUCUCGAAAAAACAGAGGUACGUGGUUUGAAUGCCACCAUUGAGCAAGAAGAUAUGGCUUUUCGUCAUGUAAAUAUUCCUCGAUGUAUGGCGGAUGUUAAACACUUUGUUCGAGACUUUCUUCACAUUCAGAGUGGCCUAAUAUCACCCGACGAACUCUAUUAUACUGCUGUUACCGGUUUAGAUCCAGCUCUCAAAGGACCUCGUGUUUAUAUCUCCGAAUCAUGUAAGCAGAAUUCAAGUACAUCAAAUAUGAAUACGGACCCAACUAUCUUGUCAGAUAGACAAGAAAGUGAAAGUGUCAGUGACACAAAUUCCUCUCAAGGAAGCCCUUCGCGGAAGUUUAUAUCUAGCAGACGACCCAGGAACGAAUCACCAAAUAGUAGAAGGUUGCGCAAAAAGGUUAUCAAGGAGGCUCAAUCAGAAAAACGAAAAAAUAAGAUACCUAAGUAUAUUAAGCUUAAAAAGAAAGGCUUUCGGACUAAAUGA